GUUACGCUUGGUUGUUUGGUAAAGGCAGGAUGUGCACCGGAGAGUGGGCUCAGCUGAUUGCCUGAUACCGCGCGAAACAAAAUGCCACCUCGAAGGCAGGCAGCAGGACGUGAUGUGCGGUCUAGGCUUUCCGACGAUGCUGCUGCAGUGCACGCGCAAGUGAUACGCCUUGCCAAGCGAGCCGACGCCGAAGGGGGCCUUCGAGACUUGCCCGAGUCUGAUACGAAUGAACUACAAAGUAGCAUAUUGAAGCUUCACGGGAAGAGGCUGGACGGCGUGGACCAGCUACCAAGCCAGCUUGACGAGCAUGGCACGCUGGAGUUCUGGGCGGCCACCUUCUCGGUGCAUGCCUACGCGCUGCGUGACUACUGCGCGAUUCACCAGGACUUGCAGCAGCUGCUGGAGCAGCGGCAUGCGCGGAGGGGCGGGGUGGACCAGGAAGAGACUCCGGCGUUCCGGCGGUUGGCACGGCUGCUGGAGAGGAUGGCAACCCUCGUCUCCUACUUCGCUACCAUAAUGUCUUCGUGCGAUGGCUUCACCAUGGGGUCCAUGGGGUCCGAGCGGCGCGUGCUGGCGCUGCUGCGUGCCGACACGCUCAAAGUGUACGCGGCCGUGUUCGACACGGUGGCGCGCGGCCAGUUGUCUGGGAGCACGGCCGAGAACGCUGCCAUGACCUGCGGCACGCUGCUGCAAGUCAUCCCCGAGUGCACGGGCGUCCACAACGUGCCCUGCAACAGCAGUGACGACUUCAACCUGAAGCUGUACAGCGAGUUCGUCAAGGCAGCGGCGGAAAGCCAUGUGCUGGAGCACGCCUGCCGCGUGUUGCUGCGGCUGUCGGAAGGCGCGGCGACGGCUGCGCAGACACCUGCGGAGCGCGAGGAGCAUUUCCCGGCAUUCCUCGCACUCUCACGCAUGGCCCUCAACAAGGCCAUCUGUAGGCUCGUGGCGCCGCUGGCGAUGAGGCAGAGCGUCGGCGCACUGCACCCUCGGCCACUGGCGGCGCCGCGCACGGGCACGGACCCCGCGCUUCUGGCGCUGCUGCCGGCCGUGCGCGGGCUGCUGAGCGGCACGGGCGUGCAGUUGUGGGUGGCCAAGCAGCUGCUGGACGUGGCGAACGUGGUGCCGGUGGCGGAAACUGCCGCCGCCGGCCAGGAGCCCAAGGGCUACACAGGAGUGGCUGCGGCGGCAGGGGCGGUAACUGCGGAUGCUAGCCGUUACCUCGGCUUGCCACCUACUGCCCGCACGCCGCCGCACCUGCUGUCGUACGUUAUGCUGGGCUCCAGCAUUCAUGAUGAGGAGGCAGGCUUACCAGACGCGAAGGGGGCAGCCAUUGCUCUGCGCAUGGCUCUGGACAUUGCCAGGACUGUGUGGCAGAUUACCAUCUCGGGUCCUCUGGCACCAGUUAUGGUGGUGCCGGGCGUGCCGAUAGGAGGCAGCGCAGGGUCACGCGGCAGCGCCACAGCAGCCUGUUCCGCUGCCGGCGGCUCUGUGGCCGGUGGCUCUGCGGCGGGCGGCUCUUCGGCCGGCGGCUCUGCGGCCGGUGGCUCGGCUGCAGGUGUCGGCUCAGCGAAGGGGGCUUCGGCGGCGGCCAGUCCGGGCGCAGGAGGCGGGGCCGCGCGGGUCUCGGUCGCAAGGAGCUCCUCAGCAGGCGGCUCGCGGGCUGGCGGCGGACUGGUGGCUGGGGCUCGGGCUGCAGUGGGCACAAGCGCGGUGGGAGCACCAGGUCCAGGGGGAGGGGCAAACGCAGUAGCAGGAGGGUCUGACGGCGGCGGGGCAGCGGGGGCUAGCAGCCUCUACCGGCUGCCGAGCUCUAUUCCACUCAGCCCGGGCCAGGUGUGUGCCUUGAUUGUCACGAUCCUGGACGUCAUCUUGAAAGCAGAAACACAGAAACCCGCAAGCAGCGGCUUGCAUGCCCAGGAUGAGAUGGCUAGCAUCAUGGCGCUCGCCUGCCGGCUUGCUGCGGAGCUUCAACCGCAGAGCGCCCCCGCCAUCCUGAGUAGGCUGUGGAGGACAGCGCGCUCCUGGCUGUUGUGCAUGCCCGCGCAUCAGGGGCGCCCCACAGUGAAGCAUAUGCUGCCGCCGCUGGGCUCGCUGCUGCUGCAUGAGUACGCGGGAGAGAGCGAGUCGCGGCUGCAGCGGGCGAUCGGAGGUGGCCCCGAGAAGGACGACAACCGCACAGUGGCGUUUACGGCAGCCCUGAGAGCGGGCUUCGUGGAACUUCUUACUGUGGCGCUUGAGGGCUCGCUUGACCUCGCGGCAGCGGGGCAGGUCGCCGCCAGUGGCGUGCCUUACCUUGCCGAGCUCCUGUUGCGGCGCUCGUGUGUGCUGCCGCCGUUGCUAGCGUACGGCGACAGCGCGCGUCUGAUGCGACUGCUGGAGGUGCUGCGCGUCGGCGUUGAUACCGUCAGGGACCAAUCCCACGUUGGAGGCCGAGGUGCCCUCGAAACCGAAGCGUUCGCGAUUGCGGCUGGUGACACGAUGCAAGUCCUCGUGGAACUACUGGAGCACGUGGCGGCGGUGUGCAUGCGAGCGCCGCCGGAGGGACUGGCGAGUUGGGUUGGUGGUGCAGGCAGCAGCAGCAGCAGCAGCAGCAGCAGUAGCGGCGGCAGCGCGGGUUGCGCUGCUGGUGGGGCCGCGGCAGGCGCGGGCUGCCUACCUGGCCAGCCCAUUCCGAAUGAGCUGGCCGCCGCCAUCGACCGCACGGCGGCGGCGCUGCUGACGAAGGGCAGUCGGCAGCAGGUGCCCAAGCAGCGGCUGCGGCGGAUGUGGCUGAUGGCGCAUAACCAGCCCGGGGCCCAGUCCUUUGCUGUGCUGGCGCUGUCGCGGCUGCUCCCAACGCUGUUCCAACUCAGGCGGACCAACUUGUCAGAGGCGGGCGUCCCAAAGGAUUUGCUCCUGGGCAUCACACGCGUCUUCAUGGCCGCGGCGCUGCAGCUGCUGCGAGUGGUGGUCGCGUUGGCCGCAGGCAGCAGCUGUGCAACACCGCGCAUCGGCGCAGGGCCCCAGGCCAUGUCCUUGCGGCAUGCAAGGGCCAGGUCGUGGCACGGCCUGCUUAUGGCUGAGGAGGGCGUAGUGCUGACGUGGGUUGCAGCUGUCCUCACCGCCGCAACCAAGCGCCAAUGGCCCGAGGGCCACGCGGCGGCGCUCGACCUGUUGGAGGUGCUGGUGCUGACGCUGCCGCCGCAAGACCUGGCGUCGCAUGUGAAGCUGCAGACGGCGGGCGGAGCAGGGGUGGCGGCGCAAGAAGCGCCGUCACAGCCCUCGUUACCUCUUGCGCUGAGCGAGGGCUGGCUCGCGCAGCAGGGUCGGGGCAAGCUGCUGGCUGCUCUGAAGGAGAGGGGUUGCCCCGUUUUGCCCGGCGCGGACGGGGGCAGCAGCAGCCGCGGGUGCAGCAGCCGCGGCGCCGGUGGUGGCAGCAGCAGCGACGCAGCCGGUGGUGGCUCUUGGCCGUGCUGGUACAAGAGGACAGAAGCCGACCAGCAGCUGAUUAAAGCUGUGACUGGGCAGCACUCACUUGAGUUGAUUCCGGAAGUGCCCGCGCCCAUGGAGGCUCUGUGGCUGCUGCAGGCGAACCUGGGCAUCGAAGUCUGUGCCAGGCCAGGCUGCUCACAGUUUGAUUUGAAAAAAGUGACCUCGUCCCAGCACGUGUGUGAGGGCUGUGCGGUCGCCGCUUACUGCUCCUCGGAGUGCAAGGGCGCGCACGCGUGGGCUGGGCACUUUAAGGCGGAGUGCGCGUGCAUGCAGGAAGUCAGGGAGGUGUGCGCGAGCAUCUACCGGUACUGUGGCGCUUAGUUUGCUCAGACGGACUGGCGGCCGUGCGGCGUGUUGCCUGCCGUGUUAUCCAGGAGGCCCGAGCCUGUAUGAGGUGAGCGAUUUCCGGAGGGCAGUUGAGACCAGGACAGGACACCGCAGUGUGCAUAUGCCGGCGGCGAUUGGGCCCGUGCAGGAGGCAGGGGAGGCGUUAUGCAGACGGCUGCGUGUUUGGUGCUGUCAAAGCCGUCGAGGCUGAGCUGGGGUCCUUGACAGGGCGGACAUCCGGGCGGGCUGACAGCGAGGGCACUGCAUGAAUACAGCGGCUGGGUUGCAGGUCAAGGCAGGUGAAAAGCCUUAGGCAAGUAAUGUGGAAAUGUGUAAGUCUGGAUCGUUAGGACAUGGUGGCCUGGUGCCGGGGUUCCCGUCCAGGCUGGGGCUGUUGCGCCGGCGCAGGUUGCUGUGUACGUAUGGUAGCAGUGAGUGCGCGGGCACGAGUGCACAGCUGUGCAUCCCGCUUGUGUAGGAUACGCGCUGUGAGGUCAGGAACUUGUAGAGGUUUAGGACAGCAUUGCGCAAGUACUUUAGGGUUUUGUCAGGGGUGGUCCGUGGGGGUGGUCUGGGUGAGGAAGUUCUGAGCCGCCAGAAUUUGGGGUUCGGUCGUCGCGCCUGGGGGUCCGCUGGGUUUCGCCAGCCCGUUCUGGCGGAUUUCGAGAAGCGCUCCGCAAGCAGAACUAAGGGCCUAACGCAGCACCAUGUGGCUCAAUUAAGCACUUCAUCAA